AUGAGCUUCGAGUACAACGCCCAAGCCAUCGCAAGUAUUUCUCCUGCCGGGGUACGAGACCACGCCGCCAAUUUAGUUAAGCUUCUCGUGGACGAGAGGGAAGACCUGGUCUUCUUCGGCACCCCGCACCGCGGCUCCGAAGCCGCAAAAUGGGCCAGUAUCGUCGCCGAUGUUGCCUCAGCUGUCCUUAACCGACCCAAAUCCCAGCUGCUCGAAGCGUUGGAAACAAACUCGGACGACCUGACGGAAAUCUCGGAAGAUUUCAGCCCGCUCGCGUCGCGCUACGCUAUCGCGAGCUUCUAUGAGUCGAAUGUGCAUCGCGGUUUGGGAACAGUUGUCGUUGGUAAGGCCUCUGCGAUUAUGGCUUUGCCACACGAGGAGACUUUCAUGCUCGGCGGCGACCACUCGUCCAUGUUCGAAGACCCGGCAUUCAUGAUGAAGUUGGUAAUCCCUGUGGGAGUCCAAUCGUAG